GCUGGCGUUGUCCGCUGUGUUGUUCAGAUCUACUUUAUACGUUCAAACGGUCACAGCUGACUUAUAUAUUUCCAAACUUGAGCAGUUAACGUGCAAUAUGUCUGGACGUGGUAAAGGAGCUAAAGUUAAAGGCAAAGCAAAAAGCCGUUCAACCAGAGCUGGGCUGCAAUUUCCCGUAGGUAGAGUACAUCGCUUUCUAAGGAAAGGAAACUACGCACAACGUGUCGGAGCAGGAGCUCCAGUUUAUUUAGCUGCCGUACUAGAAUACCUGGCGGCGGAGAUUCUCGAAUUGGCUGGCAACGCUGCCCGUGACAACAAGAAGACUAGGAUUAUACCACGUCAUCUUCAGCUUGCUAUACGUAAUGACGAAGAAUUGAACCGUCUGCUAGGAUCGGUGACGAUCGCACAAGGAGGUGUGUUGCCGAACAUUCAAGCCGUGCUUUUGCCGAAAAAGACCCACUCAAAGGCCUAACAAAAGUCUUAAAUAUAUAUUCGAAGAGGAAGAUGUCCAGUUACCAAGUGAAUGGAAGAUUUUGCCGAAUGUCCAGUGGAUAUAAUGACUUAAACAAAUAGGAAUAAUACUCCUUCGAGACUGUUAUGACGUGAUAUUUUAUGCAAAUUUAUGUAGUUUCGUAUAUCAAAUUUAAUUUUGAGUUUAAUAAAUAGUAUUGUGUACCGUA